AUGGAUAAAUUGACACUAAGUCACUUGGAUAUAAAUAGUGUAACUAAAGAGCUUAGAAAAGACUCGUUAUCCAUUAAAAAUAGGCUUCAAUCUAUUAUAUACGAUGCGCUGUUUGUUGAAACAACGAAGGAUAAGUUUAAAUUACCAUUGAUUCCUAACGAAAGAUGUGGAUUAUGGUAUCUACCGCCAAAUGAACAAAAGGAUACAUCUUAUUUCAAAUCUACUGAUGGCCAUACAGGUCAAUGGUCAUUUUCUUUAAGAAGAUUAAAUUUUCAUCUAUUACCAAUAAUAAGUGCUUACGGAGGUAUUGCAAUAAUUGAUUCAACAAGAAAAGGGAAGCUUAUGCCUGAUGCGUUGCUGAAGACGAUUCCAAUCUGGUGUGCUGUUUUGAAUACUAUACUAUAUGAAGGGGACAGUGAUAAAGACAUACUAGAUGGACUUGGAUUAGAAAAAGAUUCUACCGAUGCCAAAUUUCUUUUGUCCUUGAAGAAUGAACACAAUUGGGUCUCAACACCAAAAUAUAUGGUAUUUGCUAGCGAAAGAAAUGAAAUCUCGAAGCUCAUAGACUCUUUUGCAAAAGAGGUAAAGAAGUUAGGUUUAGUUACUAAAGAAAAGCUAAUGCUGCAUCUUGAUGGAAAAAAAAAGCCCUUAAUACCCCAAUGGCAUUAUCCAGGAUGUAAGAAUAAUGAUGAAGAAAUUGUUAACAAUGAUUCUUUUUUCUUUGAUCAUAGACAAGAGUCAAAUACUGAAAGAACUUAUUUCUUGGUUCAAUGCGUAACAGCGUCUAAAAAGACGAAUGUAUAUGGUGGUUCAAUACUCACAGUUAGAAACAAUUUGACUAAUGGUGAGAUAAAACUAACUUCUUGGUAUUAUAUUCAAGGCUCUGCGGAUGACCACGAGCUUUGGGCUACAAAAGACAUCUGUAAUGGCAAUCUCAAUUCCGGAUUUUUCUGGGAACAUAUUUUUGCUGAUAAUGGUAAACGAAAUGAUGAUAUAAUUGACAAUGAUACGGGAUAUAUUUAUGACUGGAUUUCGGAAAAUGAACUCGUCUUGAGGAUGAAUAGGACUUACGAAAAAUAUGUGAAGCAUAGAGCUUUGUUAUCCAACGAGGAUCUUGAUUUAGAUUUAAGUCAUGUGAAAACUGAUUCCAAUGAUACUGGAAUAAUAUUUGGUAUCAUAGACAGGAACAUGAACUAUAACUCUUUCAUUACUACGUAUAAGAAUGUGAGUCAGUUAGUAAUAUUGAGUGAGUUAUUCAGUAUCUCGAAUAUUCCCGAUAAUCCAAAAGUCACUAUAUUGCAAUAUAAAGUUGAAUCUUCUAAGAAAGGAUCAAAGAAACUAAGGGAAAUUUUUCCUACGCUUAUCCCUCAAAUAAAUCUUCAAAAUGCUUCAAAAAAUAAUACUAUUAUGAUUCUUUGUGACACUGGAAAGGAUAUCAGCGCUGGUUUAGUCUUAGUUUUAUUGUGCAAGCAUUUCGACUUAGAUUGGGCCCCACUUCAAUGCUGUCCUAAAAUUAAUAAAGAUUUGGUUAAACAACAAGUGGGCCUCUUGCUAAAUGUUAGGAAAGUUAAUCCUAGUCGAAAUACUUUGCAGAGUGUAAAUACUUUUAUAAUGUAA